UCGGAAGCAACGGCGGGACGCGGGAUUUCUCCGGCCCUGCGACUGCAGAAUGGCUGGCGGCGGCGGGAAGCGCAGACCCGGCAGGGAGGGGCAGCAGUGUGAAAACACAGUUGAUGUGAAGAAGAGUAAAUCCUGUGAAGCCGAUGUCUCCAGUGACCUUCGGCAAGAAGUAGAAAAUCAUUAUAAGCUUUCUCUGCCGGAAGAUUUCUAUCACUUCUGGAAAUUCUGUGAAGAGCUUGAUCCUGAAAAGCCAGCUGAUUCACUUUCCACAAGCCUUGGACUUCGAUUAGUGGGUCCUUAUGAUAUCCUUGCCGGAAAACAUAAAAUGAAGAAAAAGUCAGCAAGCCUGAAUUUUAACCUUCACUGGAGAUUUUACUAUGAUCCUCCUGAGUUCCAGACCAUUAUUAUUGGAGAUAAUAAAACUCAAUUCCACAUGGGGUAUUUCAGGGAUUCUCCUGAUGAACUUCCUGUAUAUGUUGGUACAAAUGAAGCAAAGAAAAACUGCAUAAUUGUUCAAAGUGGAGAUAAUGUGUUUGCUGCAGUCAAAUUAUUUCUGAUGAAAAAACUUAAGGAAGUAACAGAUAAAAAGAAAACUAGUCUCUUGAAAAACAUAGAUGAAAAACUCACAGAAGCAGCCAGAGAACUGGGGUACUCACUGGAACAAAGAACCGUGAAGAUGAAACAGAGAGAUAAGAAAGUCGUGACAAAGACGUUUCAUGGAGCAGGCUUGGUUGUCCCAGUAGAUAAAAAUGAUGUUGGGUACAGAGAGCUCCCUGAAACAGAUGCCAACCUCAAGAAAAUUUGCAAGACAAUUGUUGAGGCACCAAGUGAUGAGGACAGACUAAAAGCUUUUGCUCCCAUUCAGGAAAUGAUGACUUUCGUGCAGUUUGCUAACGAUGAAUGUGACUACGGAAUGGGGCUUGAGCUGGGGAUAGAUCUCUUUUGUUACGGCUCACACUAUUUUCAUAAAGUUGCUGGCCAGCUUUUGCCUCUUGCAUAUAAUCUGUUGAAGAGGAAUCUCUUUGCAGAAAUUAUUGAACAUCACCUGGCAAACAGAAUUAAUGAGUCAAAAUGUACAGAGGUCAGAAGACGUGACCCAGAGGAUGGCAGUGGAAGACCAGAAAAAGGUUUAUGUUCGCACCGAAUCCGAGACACCCACAGCCUCUUCUUAAACCCUCGUUCCCACUGUAAACUUCGUUCCUAUCUCCAUAUUUGAUUCAGUUGAACAUUAUUGAAGCGGGGUCUUGGUUUGCCGUCUGGGCCAUAUGACGGAGGAUAUCUUUUUUUGUUAUAAUGCCAAGGAGGCGCCUGGAAGGAAUAAACAGAAGAGUGCUAUUUCAAUAAAAGAGAAAAGAAAAGAAGAGCUAAAUCUAUAGCUAACUUUUUUUUUAUUUUGACAGGAAUAGAGCAAAGCAAGCACUGUGAUUUUGUAUUUUCAGAAAGUGUUUUAUAGGUAAAGAUAAUUAAUUAGCCAGCAACCAUCCCUUGAUAUGAAAGUAUUAUGGUCACUAAUAAUACAAUGUCCUUUCCACUGAAACUCUUAAGAACUGCAUGCCUCACUGAAGUAGAGGUAUUUUGAUUAAUGUAUGCCAACAAAAAAGUAACAAAAAAUGGGAGAAAGUAUAAAAUAAGAAAUGACACUGAUCCCAUUUGAAAAGGGAAAAUUCAUCCCCAUGACAUCAAGAAAGCAGUAAAAUGUCUGAUGACCAAUUCUCCUCAAUAUUCCACGGUUUUAAAACCAAACUUAACCAACUUAAAAAAAUAAUGUAAAGACUGCCCAGUUGUAUGCAGAAUCUUCAUGAAAGCACACACAGUGGCGAUAAAACAAAUGCAUAUAAAAUGGUCAACAAAGAACUCCAAUGCCAAACUUCAGAGCCCCAAGAAUAAAUCUAUAAGACAACCCGAGUUUCUAGCACACACAUCAAUGUUUUCCUCUUUUGAUUUUGGCCAAAAAAGUUAAGAUACAGUGCUUUUAUGAAAGUCUUGGUUGUUAAUGCUCACAUUAAAAGGUAGGUGAAAAGUCAAGAAGCAGUCCUGAAAGAUUACAGGUGAAGCAAGAAGCAGAAUGAAUGAGAAGCUACGUAUUAUUCUGGUUAGUAGUUUUUAAAAAAGGAAGCAUGAAACACUUGUGAAGUAUUAGCAUACAACAGGAAUACAUAAUCAGUUGUGUACUUAAGCAAACUGGGACAGGUGUUACAUAGGUAUGACAAUUGCAGGGCAAAAUAAUUUCAGGCAUUAAUUGCUAAAGCCAGAUGAUUUUUUAGGUUAUAUUAUUAAGAUAAUUCAAAUUUUAUCUUUAGUCAUGAAACCACUAGGACAUAAAGCUGGAUAAAACAAAUGCAUGUGACCUCAAGAGCUGCUCCCAGCAUUCUGGAAACAUAAAGGGGCACGCGCAUAAUCUAAGUUCAGGUUACUGAAAUGGCAGGACACACAUUCUUGACUGUGAAGGGAUGCAAGAUGUAGCAGAAGAAGAAUUAAUGCCAAGAUCACAAAUAUAUACACAUUACACUGAGUGUGCCCAUAAAAAAUCCAUUUAACAUUCAGCAACUGUACCAUUGCUGAGCUCCAUUAACAAUCAUUUAUGAGCUUAGAUUUACCACAAGACUACCACAAGUUAAGGAAACAUAGACUUUUUUUUUUUAACCAGUCAGGCAUCUUCUGAGACUGGUGUAUCUGCUAAGGUAGACAGACUUGUGUUUAAGAAUGUCCAAUGAUAUUUACUCAUUUAACUACCAAACUGUUUAGAGUUCUUAAACUGCAACCAAUGAUUUUGAUGAGAGAUGGUAACUUUUGCUCACUUCCUGUGAAUGUAAUUUUAUAAAUAUCCAAAUUUAAUUUCAUAGACAUAGUUUAUGAGAUAGAACUGUAACUGGGAGCAUGUAGGAUUUUUUUACUCGGCGUGUAUCUGGGAAAGCGAGAACUGAACAGGUCACAAGGGUCAUGCUUCCUGACUUGGAAGGUGUCUAAUGAGGAGGUCUGACAUAUCUAAUCACCAAGGGUUCCACGCGCUGCUUUAGUUGCUCGAGAUGCUCUAACAUGUUCUUCUUGGUGAUGAUCCCCAAGACAAUCCUGAAACAGAUCAUGUUAUGCUAAUAACUGUGAGAAAUCAAAGUAAAACAGGCUCCAAUCAUAAUGAUAAAGAAGGAGAGAAAAAAACAAAAACAUGAACCAUAAGAAUGCUUUUAAUGAAAUUUAGAAAAACAAAAACAAAGAUGAUUUGAAAUCCCAGGUCCCAUUUGCAUAAAUUUUACUGACUUUCAUAAGAGAGAUGAUACUAUUUUUAAAUGUUGGUGGAUUGUUUUCCUUUUUAAAUUAAAAAGCAACACUAUAAAAGGUCACAAUGAAGAUGAUUAUAAAGAAGAGUAAAAAAGAAACAAUAUUAACACAGCUAUAAACCUCUAAAAUUUAGUUUCAUUUUCAGUGUCCUUCUUUAGGGGAAAAGUAUUUUCCUAAUUGCUAAGAAGUCACAAUGUGGCAACGAUUAUUUGGAUCUACCUCAGGAGGGAGGAGGUGGAGGCUUGGCCUUAAUUCUCUAUGAAGAGACUGAGAAACCCCUUGGAUCUUACUAUUUUUCAGAUUAAAAUUAAUGUCAAUGUGCACUUCUAUAAAUAAUGCCAACCAACAUAAACAACCCACAAUUUUCAGGGCCUGCUCAAAGCCACUUCUUAAACUAGUAAGAUGUGUUUAUGAUUAGGGGUCAAAAUGACUUUUACAUUAUGCAUUUCAUUUUCUAAAUGAUUCUCAGCAAAAUGAUGGAUAUAAAUUCUCACAAGGAUUCUGGAAAAUAAUUAGAUUUAUUAGAACAAAAUCCUGAUUACUGGUUUUAUAGUGGAAGUCAAUGAAUUCUACUACAAUAUAUGGCAACAUAGAAAAUGAAUGUCAAAAACCUUAGAAAGGUUUAAUCAUGAAAUUCUGGACAAUCCUCCAGAACGCCCUUCAGGGUAACUGGACAGUGCCCUGGUCGACUUUACAAUUCAACUGCCUUUGAACAUUCUGACGUUAAAGAAUGUUUCACUCAGUCAAAGCAGUCUGGGACUACAGACGUGUCAAUUAUAAAGUUACUAAGGAGGAUGCCUGGGGGGUGGGGCGGGAAAGCAGGAAGAACAGAGACUGGGAAAGACAAAAAUAGAUUUUCUGCUAAUGUUUUCUCAUUAUUUAAAAUAAUCGACGGAUCCUUAAGAACAAAGAUAAAUUGCAAAGUUCUCCGAGCAUGGGAACAAAUUCUCCCUCCAAAAAUGCUUAGAAAAUGCACUCAUGAAAUAAAAAAUGCAUAUAUAUAAGAAGCACUUAACUCACUCAAAUAGAUGUUCUUCUCUAAGUGUGUGAGGGAAAUAAAAGACAAAAAAAAAACCCCAUCAAUUCACUUUAAUUUAUAGUUGGAGUCUGGAAAUGUGAAAACCUUGACAAUUAAAUAGCUGCAGUGUCAUUCUUACUCAUUCUUUCCUACCCAAGUACAUACAGUGAUUAAUUGCAGUUAGUAUAUUAGUAAGCUCCACCAAAUGACAAGGUGCAAAAUGAGGAAAGUUACAGAUUUAUGAAGGAGCAAAUGGCAAAUUUAGAGACUUACAAAGUGAUCUCUAUAUUACAAAGUAAUGGCCUUAAAAGGGAGGAAGUAACAUGUAUUUCCUCUCUAAUGAAGAAGAGUGAUUUGAGAAUAAAGCCAGGUUCACUGUUACUUUAUUAAUUUCAGAAAGUGUAAAGAAACUCAAUGCAAAAUUUAACUCAUAUAAAGACUAAUCUGCUAUUUCCCCGUGGGCUAACAAGCAUGAUAUAAGUGUAACAGAGCAUGACCCAACAUUUUCCUAAAAUAUGUUCCAAAAAGCACCAGUCUCAGGAGUCUGGCCCUCUUCCCUCCAUCAAAAACCAAAAACCAAAACCAAACCAAACCAAAAGACUGCACAUUCAAACAAGUUUGGAAAACUUUAUUUCUUAUUAUCUCUGAGAGUCAAGUAAUGAACAUUGUAAGUUUUGAGACAUUUCACAAUAAAAAAAAAAAAAAACCUCAACUGUAUUUAAUUCAAUAACUUCCAAACCUAUAUGGUCACAAAACUCUUUGAGCAAUGCUUACUGACAUCCUGCUAGUUCCACCAAAACUAAAAAGAUUUUGAGAAAUUCUGUUAAUUAAAAUAUAAAAUACGGGAAAUCUGUAGCUGGCAUCUUUAAAAUGUACAGACAUACUUUCUCCCUCAUCUCUCUAUUCUCAUUUUCUACUUGUAUCUAAGAGUCUGGACUUGUGGCACAUCUUUCCCCAAAUAGUUAAUUUCGACCUCUAUGGACCCAAUGAGAACUAGAAGGUGCUGACAGUUUUCUGGAUCUUCACACUAUCCACUAAAAUACAGAUGGUAUGGCUGCUUUUCUAGGUUUAAAUCAUUCAACUUCAAGUGAGAAUAAAAUGCUCUACCUUCCUUACAUGCUGCAAAGAAAAUAAACGCCCAAAAGCUACCACUCCUAACGAUCUCUUUCUUUCUCUCUAUAUAGACUUACUUUCCUUGAAGUACAGAAAUAAGGAAAUUAUAAUCAAGGCAAUUAAACAUAUUUUUUAAGAAAAAGCUACCCCCACACACAAGCUUUCUUGUGUACAGGCAAUAUCAGGGAAGAUUUUAAUUAGCUGUCCCACCUCCAUUUUUAAGUUUUUACACUUUAAGUAUUUUCCUUUCUAAUAUCUGUGCUGCCAAAAAUCUAGAAAUUUAGCAGCAAAGUGAAUUAUGGUAAUUGACCCAUCCAACUUGGUGAUCACAGGUAAUCAUGACUAGAGAAUGACAUUUAUAUGUGUUAGCACAUAAAAGGACCAUCCCAGGCACAGAGAAUAACUCAGAGCAAGUAAAAAUUAUAACUCAGCUUAGUUGCUCAUUGAGCCAUUUAUAAUUAAAAGGGUCCCCAAAUCCAUAUAAAUUCAUAAAAAGUUGCCCCAUUUAACAUGUACUUAUUAAGUUUUUAAAUGAUGAAGUUUGGUACUACUAUUUUUUUUAUUAAACAACAUUAAAAGUUAUCAUACAUCUCUUCUCAAUCAGUAUUUGUGACAUUUAACAAUUUGAAACUUCCUGCCUUUAAUCAAGAGUUCUGUUACUUUAAUAAUUUAUUUCACACUAUUUAGAGUGAUUUUUUUAAGAAAGAGAGAG